UGAGAGGUCGAGAUCGAGAACACUCUUUUUUGGCACAUUGCUUCGCAUUAGCAGCCAGCAGCAGCUACUUUAGAGAGAGGAGCCGGCCAUACAGAAGAAAAAACUCGAUUUUGCCAAGUUCCAAUAAAGUGAGUGGAUAAUUUUUGUUCGAAAAUCUGUCCGUGUGUCACAUAUUCACGAAAUAAAAGUGGCGGAAAAUAUCAAGUAGGUUAGGAGUGACGUUUUCUCGUGAUCGUGGAUUGUUUUCGCAGCGCCAAAAGGAAGGAAAUCCCAGGUGGAAAUCCUUUUUUCCACACGAGUGUGCUUCUUGUGGAUUUGUCUGGAAAGAAAGACAGCGGAGUAGCGAUAAAAAACCGAAGCGGAAUAGUUCAUCGCGCUGUGCGUGUGGUCUUGUGGACUAGGUUUUGCAAACGAAUAACAUAAUAUUCUUUUAUUCUUUGAAGUCUGCGGAAAUCGUAAGAACUAUGCAAAUCGUGCAAGUACUCGAGAAAACUAUAUCACCAGAUAAGGAUGAGCUGCUUGCGGCAAAGAAUUUCCUUGAGCAGGCGGCAGCAUCCAAUCUGCCCAACUUCCUUCGAGCGUUGUCCGAGGUGCUGGUGUUUCCUGGGAAUUCGCCGGUGGCUCGAAUGGCCGCCGGUUUGCAAUUAAAGAAUCAACUUACCAGCAAAGAUGUCGGCGUUAAGUAUCAAUCCCAGGAGCGAUGGUUAUCAUUUCCGGAAGAUAUGCGAGAAUACGUGAAAAAGAAUAUCGUCGCUUCUCUGGGUACCGAAAGCACGCGACCUUCGUCAGCGGCACAAUGUGUUGCCUACGUUGCCGUUGCUGAGCUCCCAGUUGGUCAGUGGCCGAAUUUGAUGCAGAAGUUGGUGGAUAAUGUGGUUAACGACAAAUCUACUGAAAUGGAACGGGAAGCCACUCUGGAAGCCAUUGGUUAUAUUUGUCAAGACAUCAAUUCGGAAAUUCUUGAACACCAAUCGAAUCAGAUUUUAACGGCCAUAAUUCAUGGAAUGCGUAAAUCAGAACCUUCCAAUCAUGUCCGAUUAGCGGCUACUAAUGCUCUGCUAAACUCCCUUGAGUUCACUAAAGCUAACUUUGAAGAAGCGGCAGAGAGAAACUAUAUCAUGGAAGUUGUGUGUGAAGCGACUCAAAGUACCGAUACCCAAAUCUGUGUGGCCGCUCUUCAAUGCCUGGUGAAAAUUCUUACACUUUAUUACCAACAUAUGGAAGCAUACAUGGCUCAGGCUUUGUUUCCCAUCACACUUGAAGCAAUGAAAAGCGACAAUGAACAGAUAGCUCUACAAGGCAUAGAGUUCUGGUCCAAUGUUAGCGAUGAGGAAAUCGAUCUGGCGAUCGAAGCACAGGAAGCAAUGGAAGCAGGACGGCCUCCAAAUCGUGUGUCACGGCACUACGCCCGAGGGGCGCUCCAAUACCUAGCUCCAGUAUUGAUGGAGAAAUUGACACGACAAGAAGAGUUCGAUGACGAAGAUGAUUGGAACCCGUCGAAGUCUGCUGGAGUGUGUCUGAUGCUUUUGGCCACUUGCUGUGAAGAUGAGAUUGUUCCGCAUGUCCUUCCCUUUGUUAACAACAACAUAAAGUCAACGAACUGGCGUUUCCGGGAUGCCGCGUUGAUGGUGUUUGGCUCAAUUCUGAGUGGUUUGGAGGUUAACACGCUUAAACCGCUUGUGGAACAAGCUAUGCCCACUUUAAUUGAGCUGAUGUACGACCAAAGUGUAAUUGUAAGGGAUACUUGUGCGUGGACUUUUGGACGAAUUUGUGAGGUCAUUCCCGAAGCUGCCAUCAAUGAACAGUAUUUGGAACCUUUGCUUAAAGCUCUGCUUAACGGGUUGAAGGCAGAACCACGUGUUGCUACGAACGUUUGUUGGGCCUUUACCGGUCUGUCAGAAGCAGCAUACGACGCUGCAAAUGUCGAUGAAGAUCCCCCACAGACUUACUGUCUGUCGCAUUAUUUCGAUUUCAUUAUCAACAGCCUGUUGGAAACGACAGAUCGCCCGGAUGGAGCUCAGGCAAACUUACGUUCUUCCGCUUACGAAGCUUUGAUGGAAAUGAUCAAGAACUCACCGCAAGAUUGUUAUGUUUCGGUACAGAAAACGACAAUGGUAAUUUUAGAACGGCUUAACCAAGUCCUGCAGAUGGAAUCACACAUUUCCACUCAUAACGAUCGCCAUCAGUUCAACGAUUUACAGUCACUUCUUUGCGCCACGCUUCAAUCAGUUUUGCGCAAGGUUGACGCGAAAGACGCUCCUCAGAUAUCUGAUGCCAUUAUGACGGCUCUAUUGACCAUGUUCAGCUCAAGUUCCGGCAAAGUUGGUGGUGUUCAGGAAGAUGCACUGAUGGCAGUAUCAACACUGGUUGAUCUACUUGGAGAACAAUUCAUCAAAUACAUGGAUGCCUUCAGAGAGUAUCUGUACAUGGGCUUAAAGAACCACCAAGAGUACCAGGUUUGCUGCACUGCAGUUGGUCUUGCCGGGGACAUUUGUCGAGGUUUGAAAAACAAAAUCCUCCCGUACUGUGACGAAAUCAUGACCCUACUACUGGAGAACCUCAGUAACCCUUCGAUCCAUCGGAGCGUCAAACCACAAAUCCUAUCUGUGUUUGGUGAUAUGGCCUUGAGCAUUGGCGCCGACUUCAAGAAAUAUUUAACCAUUGUGCUGCAAAUGUUGACACAUGCGACACAAGUACAGGUUGAUCCGACCGAUUACGACAUGAUUGAUUAUCUUAACGAGCUGCGUGAAAGCGUCCUUGAAGCCUACACUGGAAUCGUGCAGGGACUGAAGGGUGUCGAUAAAAGCCCAAAUGACGAUGUCAACCUUCUGCAGCCGCAUGUGGUCUUCAUCGUAAACUACAUUAUCUCAAUAGCGAAGGACACGGAGCUGUCGGAUGGAAACAUUGCCAUCGCGUCCGGUUUGCUCGGAGAUAUGUGCUCUGCCUUUGGGCCUGAUUUGUUGCCACUAGUGGAAGAUACUCAAAUCCAGCAGCUACUGAACGAUGGGAAGAAUUCGCGCACCACCCGUACCAAAACGCUGGCCAAUUGGGCUCUGAAGGAAAUAAAAAAACUGAAACAACCGGCGAACGAUGCGAGUUGAUUUAAUCCAGCAUUAAUGGCAACACGCUCAACUACACAGCAGCCAAUGGCACCACCAGCACAGUUCCAGCAAUGUAAUUCCACUAUCGAGCCGUUCGGUAUCUCCUGUUGCUCUCCGUCAUCAUCGAAUGCUUCGUCUAUUCCCCAAAAUGCUGCUAGUUUUACUAACCAGGAUGAACUGUUCAAUUGUAAUUUCAGUUACAGCGAACAUCUCUGCUUCGAUAUGUCGCUGCAAAUUUGAGUUCAUUCUCACUUUUUAAACUAUGAUGCUGAUCUAGCGGCCUCAAUUACAGCGCCUUCGCUCUACGACAAGUAAGUCCCUUACCAUCUCUCUUCUAUUAUGCUGAACUGUCUAUCGAAGCGGAGCUUGAGAAUCGAAUAAUCGACGGGGUGAGCAUUGGGAGAGGAGACGAAUUGUGAUUCCGCAUGAUUCCACCUGUUGUCGCUGGUCGCUCCAGAUAAAUAUAAUUUGUCUCCAAAGCCGGAACUGUGUGUACAGCUAAAUAACAGUGUGUAGUAGUUCUAGUAAUAGAAAACGUAGAUGAUUACACUGUAAGCCAACUAAAUCAAACCAAUUAUUAUCCAAACGUAGCCAGCAGGGUCUACGAGACUCACAUACACACAUAUACAAACACAUAGUCAUAGGCACACACAUAAAGUCUUCUUUACAAGUGAAAUCUUUCGAUCUAAUAGAUGAAACGUGUGCCAUAGUGAAAUUCGAAGGGUGGCCAGCAUAGGAUGUGAAAUGUUGGACAUCGUUUUUCCGAUUGUAAAUUUGUUGACAAAUAAAAUUGUUAUUCGUACGUUGUACAUUUUUUCACCGUGGCACUCGUUUUUCUCUCGUUUAAUCUAAAAGUAUGUCAAAAACUUAAGCUGCAUUAAAUUCAAUCCCACACAGAUACCCAUAGGAAUAACUAGGUUUAGCGGGAAACAUAUUUAACUACAGUUAAAAUUGCUAAGGAAUAUAAAAUAUCCACCGGCAAAUGAAAGGGGAACGAAAUACUUCUGAUUCGAUAAAUAUUACAGAAUAACAAUUGGCCAGCUCGCGUUUAAAUCUUUCCUUUUUUAAGUCUCUGUGAGGCGAAGUGGACUAAUUUCUAGCGGUUGGUUCGGGGACAAAACUUUCGAGUUUUUUAGAAAUUUGAUCUAAUAUAUAUUUUUAAGGUGUGCCAGUGUUCUGGCUGUUUACAUUUGCGCAAAAAAAGCUAAAAUUUGCUGUAAUAUUUUAGAGGAAAGAAAUAUUUCGUUGACCUGGAUCCUUCUUUUCUAGGCCCAAUAUCGAGGAGAUUAGCAAUUGUUCUACAAAUAAAGAUAAAGGCAAGAGGAAAAAAAGGAAAACAAGCGUUUAAUAUACAUAUGAUCACAUUACAAGAAGGAAACAAAGAAGCUUAAGAUGUAGUUUAUGGUUCAACAAUAUAAAAUCUUUUAGGAUUAGAGGAAAAAAACAAAAAAAAAAAAUGAAAAAAACAAGGUAAAGUCAUGCAAUUACACGAAAGUAGGAUGACGUUAGUACGGAAAAUAGGAUGUGCGAUUCCGGAUUUGCUGUCUCUUUUUUUCGAUCGCUUGUUGCGGUAGGAUGAAAACAGAAGCGACAAAUUUAUGUAUCCUCAUUAGUUAAGACGAAAGAAUCGAGAAGGAAUGAAGAAUGGUGCGGUGGCGUGUGAUACAGGGAAUGCUGGGUAUGAAAUCGUUUGUUUUCGCGUUUAUUUUAAUGAGUAUUGUUCGAAAUUUGCCUGGGCCAACUUUGGCAAUUAAUUCACAGAAAAUAAUCUAGGCGUAAAAUUCUUGCAAUAUGGAUUUAUUCGGUCAAGUUUUUACUGGGCAGCUUUGUUUAGAUAAAAAGCUGCAUUUGAUAUUUUGUCAAUUGGGGACAGUUUGUUUAUUUCCUGAAAUCAAUAGUUUCGUAUAAUUUAAGACGCACAAACUUUGAAGUUAUCUUUAAAUCAUUGAAACAGCAGAAACCUGUAAUUGUUAUAAAUUGACGUACCGACCAGACCGACUGAAAUUUGACUGAACAGUAAGAAGAAUCCAUACCAAUAGACGAUACUAAAGAUACUGGAAUGUGCUGCGUGUGCCUGAAAGCGUAAAAAUGUGAUUAUUUCAAUUGUUAUGUUGUUUAUUUCUGUCGAUCGUCGCGUGAAACGCAGUAUGUAUGUGUAUGAAGCUAAAAACCUUAUUUCACCAUAAUUCAACUGUAGCUAGAAUGAAGAGUGACCUUUUUUGAGAAUGUGUAUGAGUGUGAUGUGCAAACGAGAUCUUAUCAAAUGAAAACAUGGCAAUGAAGCAUGUUUAAUGGCUUAAUAUUUUAUUACGGCAGUUCUUAGUUUAAACUUAAUUAUAUUCAGUUAUCUGAUUAUGUUCUAAGUAUUUGUUCCAAAAUACAAUCAUACUAAAAGUGCCUCAAUGGCGUUGGCCUCGCGUGAUCCUUAUAUUUAUCGCCUCAUAAUUAUAGAUUUUUUUUGUCAGACUAUAGCAUCUCUUGUUGUUUUAAGAAAAAAAUCAUCGGUAUGUGAUAGCAAUUAAGUUUUUGCAUAUUUGAUUGCUUUUUGAAUGAUUUUGUUCACUCUCUUAGGAGACCUACAACAGGUUGAAAUCUAGGUUUUUGUAGGAUGCUUUCUUUAGACUGACUUCAUUCGACAGGUAAAAAAUGGACUACAAACGAAUAUACAAUUGAAUGUUAUGUUGUUAAUGACAUUAAAUCUCAGUCUAGGGCGGUCACGGUAGGCAUUUGGAAAAAAUCAAAAUAGUUAUUUUUGGCGGCUACAAUUAGAUAGAACUAUGAACCAAAAUAUGUUGGUGUCCGUGUGGUGUUCUAAUGCUUUUAUAUCUGGCUCCAAACAUGCAGAAUAAUACUUAAUGUUUUAAGAUUUUCGGAAAACCCUAUUUUAUUCUUUUUCGUUGCAUUAAAUAUGUUUUACCCUAAAACUGCGUGACGGCCCCUGAAACUCAUUUUUUGAAUACCCUGAGCCUCUUUCAAUAUGGUCCAAAGCAAGCCACGCAUUGAUAAAUACUGUUUCCAAAGUUGGAUAUAGCAUUUUUUUUUAAUUUGGACAAAUUCACACUCCAUUGUUGAUCUGUGAAAGCAAGUACAAACAAGAAUAUGAUACGUCUUCAUUGCCUAUAAUCGUUGGUCAGUCCCAUGUAGAUAGGUAAUCCUAUAGAACAUAGGACUAACUCGCGAUUAUAGGAGAUUCAGUAAUGGUGUGGUAGCCGCUUGGACGAAACAAAUUCGUAUUUUUUGUUGCUUGGCGUUUAACGUUACAACGGAAACAUUAAAAUUGCAUUCAUUUGAUAGGAAUGACUACUUCUUUUAGUGCGCGUUGAAGAAUUAUGCCAAUUAAAGAUGGAAAUCCUGCAACACAAAAAGUUAAUCCAGAGCCAAACUAUAUGAUACUUGCACCCAGUUGUUCGACUACAAAAAGAAGGCUGUUUCAAGUUUGUUUUUGUUCCAGUUAAACAACAAAUCAGAAUGAAUGCCGUUAGAAAUGGAAGUAAUAAGGUAAAAAACAAAAAACUCGGGAGUGUUUGUGAAGAGACAAAUGCCUGGGUGAAUGUAAAAAUCUGUAUCAUUCCAUCGAAUGUAAAAUAUCGACGCAAAUGUAAAGGAGUAUCCUUAACAAAUUUUAGCAUUACAAAACAUACAUAAACCGCAAGAACGAAAAAUCAGCUUGAAAAAUAAGCUGCUUUACCAACAACAAAAGGAAGACUUAACGGUUACGUAACACACAAAUACAAAUACUACAAAGAAACAUACAAAUUCAUCGUUCCCAGUCGAAGCAAUUUUACGUGAUUUUUUCUAUAAUACACAAGUAGGAAAUAGAGAGACUUUCGACGAUAAAUUACAGACUUUGGGAUUCAGUGAAAAAUAAUUUACGAAACAAAAAAAUAAAACAAGCGAACAUUGCUCAGGUACAUACAGCAACAAAAAAACAAACAUACAAACAAAUACCUACAUACAAAACAAAAUACAAAGACUUACAAACAGUGAACUCUCAAUCUAAAAUAGGCGAAGUGUGGGAAAACUUAAGACAGAAAACAAUAAAAGAAGUUUGAUGUAACAUUUUUCCUUCUUGCAAAACAUAACGAAUGAAAAGUGCAAAAUGUGAGUUAGUUAGCGUGUUUGUGAAAAAGAACUAAGCGAGGGUACUUGAGGGAACUGUCUUUUGGUGAUGAUUGUUCCAUAAAGUCAUAUAUUUAUACUAUAAGGGGUGAACAACAAAUGGUAUUAGAAUUUCAGUUACUCCUGUUUAGCUAGACGAACAAUGAAUGUGAGAAAUCGGAAGUAAAACUUGUUUAUACGCUCUCGACGCGGAUAUUUAUUUCCUGCAGAGAAAAUUGAACUAAGCUCAGAAAUAAUAAAGAAAUCAGAAUUUUAGCUGAAUCUAGCGGAACCAAUGAAAUAAUCGAUGAACUGGAAACAUUAAAAAAUCCACUAGAAUUUAAGUAGGAAUUAAUUGAAAUUACGAUGAACUAUACAUACUGACAUACCUAGACGCAAAUGAAUUAAGUUGAACUAUGAAAUAAUAAAAAUGAAAACAACUGUGAUUUGAGAAAGCUUUUCAGUCACAAUCAUACAACCGUUAGUGGGGGAAAUUACCAAUCGAAAGGCUUAAAGCGUAAUCGAAAAAAAGUUUUUAAAAUUCCCGAAUAUAAUUAAUGAAUUGAAAUUUACAAAUCAUGCAUUCAUGCAAUAAAUCAUGAAUUGCAGCAAAACAAAGCGGGAAAAGCUUUCUCAAGAAAUGAAUGACUGAUUUUAAACGAACCUUAACGUAAUACCAACUUUGUAAAGAACGAAUGUUGUACGAAUUCCAACUGAAUGUAUGUGUAUGCUCCUAAAAUGCUCGAUAUAGUUACAUGUUUCGUUCAGAUGUUUGAAACCUAUGAUUCAUUUCUUUGAAACUUUAUUCACCCUACGAAACCACUGUGUAAUCGUGUUUCAAUGUGUGAGUGCGAAAUAGCUGUAUCUUUUAUCAUAAGUAGCGAUCGACCCCAUCUCAUCAUUGAUAAGGAAGCCUCCAAAGGGGGAAAACUGUGUUAGCAAUAUAUCAAACAGAAUUAUCAUCUUCGUAUAAUAUACAUUUUAAUUAAUAGAAGAAAUGUGUAUGAAACAAAACCAACAAAAUUAGGCUAAUCGCGCAAAGUAAACUAGAUUGAAACUUUGGAGGUUUCAGAACAACUGAUUUCAUAGUGCGUCCGAAUAAAAGAGAAUUUUGACUGACUGUAUAGAAUUCCAACAAAUACAUACCGAAAUGAAUAUUUUUGUAACAGUGUGCAACAAAUAAAUAAGCGAAAUAACUGCUCGGGAGUUAUGCAAGAUGCGUAUGCGUAAGAAGGACAUUUGAAUUACGGACUGACACACCCUUAGAAUUGGCCAUACAAAAACAAAUCGUGAGUUUCUAGGAAAAAUGAAUAUUUAACGGUUAUUGAUAAGAGCGAAUGUGAUAAAAGUAUGUCUGUUUUUCAUACGAUCGCUUGCAUGUUUAGUUUGUGAUAGGAAAAAUACGAGGAAGCUUUGUUUAUUUCCUGAAUGUCUGCAUUAAAAAAUCCGAAGAAUCUUGUGAGAAAACAAUAGCCAUAAAAAUGAAAAAGCAGUAUGUAAAUGUGAGAGGCUGUGUUGCGAGACUGGAGAGCGAUUCCUAGUGGUAGCCGCGUGUUUAAAUGAUAAGCGAGUGUAGGUCUCUUUGUAAGUAAGUUUGUCUGUAUAGUUGAUGCUUGGUGACUGAAUAAAAAUUACAUGACUGCCAAAAACAUCAUCUUGUCUUAUUUAUUUUUUCGUAUAUCAGUAAGUGAGAAGUGAGGCAAAAAUUAUGAUUAGGAGUCAGAAUAAUAAGGUAUCACACCAAUUGUGAUGUUCUUUUCUAUUCAAUGCGAUGUGCGGGUAUUUUUUUGUUUGGUGGAGACUUGUUUCAAUCAAGAGACAAAUAAGUAACAAUUUUUGUAUGAAAUGGAAAUAAACGAGGAAAACGAA